AUGUAGAUUGCUUAAAACUUAGGAAUUAAGUACUCCACAGCCAAAGCAAUAGUCUAGGUGUACUAAAAUGAAGGCAGAAUUGGAAAGAAGAGAACAAGAGAUAAAAGAAUAUUCCAAGAAAUAGAGACAUACAUUCUGCUUGUCAAUAAGCAAACAGGAAAAAUAGAAAAAAGGAGGCUGAAGUCAGAAUGCAACGGCCUCAAGAAAAAUCUUUUAGAUGCCUCUCAUAAUUUUGAAGAGGCUCACUAUUCUUAGAUUGCUCAAUUUUUAGGAAACUAUAAUCUUGAUUUAAGCCAAAGAAAUAUUGAGCAUUAAAAUGAAAAUGUAUUUAAUUUAGUGAAAAUCUUAAAUGAAUAAUACAAACAAUUUUAGGAAUAUAAAGAAAAUGAUUAAUGA